CAGUUUAACGUUUCUGAGAUGUAGGUCGAAAAAUAGCAAUACUUUUCUACCACAAAAUGUUGACUUAUAAGCAGUAUUUAAGACAUGCCAUUCAAACCAUUAUCAUGUGUCUUCGGGAAGUACUUCAUACCACAACGUUACAUCCUUGUCUUCAUGAUGCAGCUAGCACUAUUGAAUUGCUAUCACUUGAGAGUUGUAUACAACAUCGCCAUCACAGAGAUGCUGAAGGAACCCACACCGAACAGCACUGAAGAAUUUGUGGAUGCAUGUCCGGAGUUUACUUAUGAAUCAGUCGUUUCAGAAUCUUCAGUGCAAUUUGAAUGGGAUCCAUUAUGGGAGUCUUUCACGUUGUAUGCCUUUUACAUCGGAUAUAUAGUAACGCACGUUCCUGGUGGGUGGUUGGCGGACAAAAUUGGAGCAAGGCAUGUGAUGGGAACCUGCGUUGUUGUCUCUUGUCUGAUAACAGCAGUCUUUCCAAUUCUCGUGACAGUGGUUGAGAGAGGUGACGUUACUGCAGUAGCACUACGAAUGAUCUUAGGCUUUGCUCAAGGGCCUAUACUCCCAACCGUUUCUGCGUUCAUACAAUGCUGGGUACCUAAAGAACAUAGAGCAUUUUUGGGAGGAGUAGCGUUUGGUGGAUCUAACAUAGGUACCGUCACUGGAUGCGGCCUAACAGGAGUAAUCAUCCACGAAACUGGACACUGGUAUAUGCCCUUUUAUGUUUGGGCUGCGAUGGCUCUUCUCUGGUACAUUUUCUAUUCGUUUAUGGUGUUUUCUGGCCCAGAUUCUCAUCCAUUCAUAACUGAAGCUGAAAGAGAUCAGGUAUUGGAAGAAGUACCGCCACAUGGAAAGUCGUUCCAUGUCCCGUGGCGCGCCAUUUUCAGAGGGAUGCCUUUUUGGGCUCUAUUAGCUGGACAGUUCGGACAUAACUUCAUUUUUUUCACCUUAGUCACCUAUUUGCCUAAAUACCUCAAGGACAUAUUGAAAAUGAGUGUAAGAAGCAAUGCUUUAUUUACUUCUAUCCCAUUUUUUCUGCUCUGGAUGUUUUCAAUUAUAGUGUGUUACUUCUCAGACAUUGUAACGAACCACAAGUGGUUGUCGUUAGCAACAGCGAGAAAAAUAUGCACAACAUUUUCAAUAAUAGUACCGUCUGCAUUUUUGCUGCUGACGGGUUAUCUAGGCUGUCACAGAGUGGGCGCUAUAAUAUCCUAUACUGCAGGGAUAUGUUGUAUUGGCCCAUUUUAUGCGGGGAUGAAAAUCAACGUAAAUGAUUUGACAAUUCACUAUGCCGGAACUAUAAUGGCAGUAGUGAACGGUUUAGGAGCUACCGCAGGGAUUUUAGGUCCAUACAUCGUGGGCUGUUUGACACACACUCGAUCUAUCGAUUCGUGGCUGAUAGUAUUUUGGAUCACCAUGGGAGUUUCGAUAAUUUGCAGUCUAUUUUAUUGCGUAUUUGCAAGUGCAGAAAGGCAACACUGGGACUACGCGGAUGAACUACAUCAUAGUACUAGUUUUACAAUACAUUUUUGAAUUCUUAUGUUUGUACUAUUUGGCUUAAUAUUCACAGCCUCAUAUUGUAUUUAGGAUUUGAUACUAAUUUGUAACCAAAAAUAAAAAUCCAUCGUCGCCUUAA